AUGGGGGAGAACAGUUCAAUGAUUUCUGGUGGAAGGAAUGCAAGGAAGAUGAAAUUUGAUGAAACAUGGGAUAUGCUCAAAAAUGAAUAUCGCAUAAAGAGGGUGUUGGAGGAGAGGCGGAUUCAGAAAGAAUGGAAAAGAAGUUGGGAAAUGCUAAACAUUGGGAGUGAGGUUAAUGUGACGUCUGGCAGUGGUCCUAGAAGAAGUGCUCGUUUAUGGAGCCAAAUAACUGGGAAAGAGGUUGUGGUUGAAAGAUUGACUGAUGGGAAACAUGAUAACAGUUUGGCGAGUGGAGAUGUGGCUAACAGGAGGUCUUCUCCUGUUACGAUUGCAAAAGAAAAGAGGAGCAGGAGGGUGGAAUCCAUUGAUACGAAGGAAGAGGAUGGAUACAAAUACUAUUCCUGGUGUAAGGUUAUUGAUUCUGUCAAAGUAGCUUCUGAAAAUGUGCUUCAAUUUCCUCAAGAAGUCGUCCGCAACUGCUUGGACAAGCGCUAUACGCGCGUCUUGUUUCGUGAUUCUGACUUCAAAAGGGUAUUCAAGUGUGAGCUUCAUUAUUCCAAGAGGGAGUAUGGAGUUGAGAGAUAUCUUUGGAAGGGUUGGUGCGAUUUUGUGAAGGAAGGAGGCAUUCAAGAUGGUGACCGGCUGAGGUUUGUAAUAUGCGAUAAACCUUGUUCAUCAGUGCAACCUGGGACACAAAUGGUAGCUGUGGCAGUGGUCAACCGAUCCCGUUGUGGAUAAUGCAGUUGAAAUAUGAGUGUGUUAUGUAAUGAUAGUUUUAGUAAUGAUGGUGUGACAAUAGUUAUGUAUUAGUGGUGGGGUUGUGUUUGUUUUAUGUUGUUCGAAGCUUGAUGUAAUUUUAAGAAG